UGAAGUCUUCUGCGCAAUGUGAUAUCCUAGGGCAAUGGCAAUGCUAUUCUUCUCUGUAUCGUCUCAAGUCUGAAUUGUGUCUCCUCGAAAUGGGACAGGUGUCGAGCACUAGUGUGCCAUCUGAACAAGUCGUCCAGCCAGACCUCUACGAACACCCUCAUCCAGUCCAGAGACAUAUGUACAGCUCAAAUGACGAUGUUCUCUGCUGCUCACAACCCCAAGGCCGACAAGGCUGCGCUUACGAUGGCUUAUAUUGGCAAACAUAUCUCUGAGCUGCCAACGCCUGCUUGCCUCAUCGAUAUAGACAUUGCUCAACAAAAUUGUCAAGACAUGCAUGAAAAUGUAGACAGGCUCAAUGUCCUAUUCAGAGCUCAUGUCAAGACUCAUAAGACUAUGGAAUUGACGCGUAUGCAGCUGACUGCUACACACACGAACGUCAUCGUGUCAACGAUGAUGGAAGCUUACAAUCUGCUACCUCUAGUGAGGGAGGGUCUCAUUCGCGAGAUCCUCUAUGGCGCGCCACUUGCAAAGUCACGAUUCGCUGAAGCCUUCGAAAUAAGAAAGCAAGUUCCUCAUUUUCUAGUCAUGGUCGACAAUAUCGAGACUGUCCGCCAGAUGCAAGACUUUUGUCGAGCAUCGGUCCGCAGUAUAGACGUGCACGACAAUUACGUCUUUGAGGUUUUUGUCAAAGUCGAUUGCGGCACACAUCGAGCAGGUCUUGAGCCAGAGUCUCAUGCUUUACGACAAUUGAUUGACGCGAUCAUAAAGGACGAAGAUAUUGGCCUUUAUGGCUUCUACUGCCACUCGGGGCAUUCUUAUGACGCGAGGACACCUGGAGAAGCCAAAGAACGGCUAUUUGAAGAAAUUGCUUCCGCCAAUGCAGCAGCGCAAUAUGCCCUGAGUCGUCCAGAACACCGGGUAGAAGAUUUCGUGCUCAGUGUCGGUGCGACUCCGACAGCGCAUGUCUCUUUACAGAUCGACAAGAGUCAAUUGCCUGAAAUUGCUCCAGGAUGUUGCCUUGAGCUUCAUUCCGGAAACUAUGUAUUAAGCGAUCUGCAGCAAUUCUCAACAUCGCUCGUGCAAAACGACCGCAUAGCAAUUCGGGUCAUUGCAGAUGUCACAUCGACCUACUACGACAAGCGCGAUGAGUAUUUGAUCAAUGCAGGGGUCAUUGCCUUUGCACGGGAAACUUCUGCUGUGCCUGGCUUUGGGCUUGUUGUCCCUGCAGACGACAAGAUGUGGAAUUUCGGUAAAGAUACUGCAUGUUCUACAGUCGUGCGUCUCAGUCAAGAACAUGGCAUCGUCAGCCCCUGGGCCAGUGCUGAGAGUGGAAACCGUGAGCGGGUGGGAGAUCGUGUGGCAAUCAUACCGCAACAUGCAUGCAUCACUGCACAAGGCUUUCCUUACCUCUUUGGUGUCCGCGACAAUGUAGUAGUGGAUGUGAUGCCUACCUUUCACGGCUUUUGAUUGUGAUGUCCUUCCAUGG